AUGGCGGGGAACGACUGGAUCAAUAGCUACCUGGAGGCUAUCCUCGACGCGGGCGGGGCCGCGGGGGAAAUCUCGGCAGCCGCAGGUGGCGGCGGCGGGAUUGAGGGGGCGUCCGGAGAGAAGCGGGACAAGUCGUCGCUGAUGCUCCGGGAGCGCGGCCGGUUCAGCCCCGCGCGAUACUUCGUCGAGGAGGUCAUCUCCAGUUUCGACGAGACUGACCUUUACAAGACCUGGGUCCGAACAUCGGCGAUGAGGAGCCCUCAGGAGCGGAACACGCGGCUGGAGAACAUGUCCUGGAGGAUCUGGAACCUUGCCAGGAAGAAGAAGCAGAUUGAAGGAGAGGAAGCCUCUCGUUUGUCUAAACAACGCCUAGAACGUGAGAAAGCUCGUCAAUAUGCUGCUGCUGAUUUCUCUGAAGAUCUAUCUGAAGGAGAAAAAGGAGAAAACAGUAAUGAACCAUCUAUUCAUGAUGAGAGGACAAGGACGCGGAUACCGAGGAUUGGUUCAACUGAUGCUAUUGAGGCAUGGGCAAGCCAGCACAAAGAUAAAAAAUUGUACAUUGUACUGAUAAGCAUUCAUGGCCUAAUUCGCGGUGAGAAUAUGGAGCUGGGACGUGACUCAGAUACCGGUGGUCAGGUCAAAUAUGUUGUAGAACUUGCUAGAGCUUUAGGUUCAACACCAGGCGUAUACAGAGUGGAUCUACUUACAAGGCAGAUUUCUGCACCUGAUGUUGAUUGGAGUUAUGGGGAACCUACUGAGAUGCUCAGUCCAAUAUGUUCAGAGAACUUUGGGCAUGAGAUGGGCGAAAGCAGUGGUGCCUACAUUGUUCGUAUACCAUUUGGACCAAGAGAUAAAUAUAUCCCUAAAGAGCAUCUGUGGCCCUACAUCCAGGAAUUUGUUGAUGGUGCACUUGUUCACAUUGUGCAGAUGUCCAAGGUACUUGGAGAACAAGUUGGUAGUGGGCAACCUGUAUGGCCUGUUGUUAUACACGGACACUAUGCUGAUGCUGGUGAUUCUACUGCUUUAUUGUCUGGGGCACUUAAUGUACCUAUGGUAUUCACAGGCCAUUCUCUUGGCAGAGACAAGUUGGAGCAGAUUUUGAAGCAAGGGCGUCAAACCAGGGAUGAAAUAAAUGCAACCUACAAGAUAAUGCGCCGAAUUGAGGCUGAAGAACUUUGUCUUGAUGCAUCUGAAAUUAUAAUUACAAGCACCAGGCAAGAAAUAGAACAACAAUGGGGAUUAUAUGAUGGUUUUGAUCUAACUAUGGCCCGGAAACUUAGAGCAAGAAUAAAACGUGGUGUGAGCUGCUUUGGUCGUUACAUGCCCCGUAUGAUUGCAAUCCCUCCUGGCAUGGAGUUUAGCCAUAUAGCACCUCAUGAUGUUGAUCUGGAUGGUGAAGAAGGAAAUGAAGAUGGCUCAGCUUCACCAGAUCCACCUAUUUGGGCUGAUAUAAUGCGCUUCUUCUCAAACCCCCGUAAGCCCAUGAUUCUUGCUCUUGCUCGUCCAGAUCCCAAGAAGAAUAUCACUACUCUAGUCAAGGCAUUUGGUGAACAUCGUGAAUUGAGAAAUUUAGCAAAUCUGACACUGAUCAUGGGCAAUCGUGAUGUCAUUGAUGAAAUGUCAAGCACAAAUGCAGCUGUUUUGACUUCAGUACUCAAGCUAAUUGAUAAAUAUGAUCUAUAUGGGCAGGUGGCAUAUCCCAAGCACCAUAAGCAAUCAGAAGUUCCUGAUAUUUAUCGUUUAGCGGCGAGAACAAAGGGGGUUUUUAUCAAUUGUGCGUUCAUUGAACCAUUUGGACUUACCUUGAUUGAGGCUGCUGCAUAUGGUUUACCAAUGGUUGCCACACGAAAUGGUGGGCCUGUCGACAUACAUCGGGUUCUUGAUAAUGGAAUUCUUGUUGAUCCCCACAAUCAAAAUGAAAUAGCUGAAGCACUUUAUAAGCUUGUAUCAGAUAAGCAUUUGUGGGCACAAUGCCGACAGAAUGGUCUGGAAAACAUCCAUCAAUUUUCAUGGCCUGAACAUUGCAAGAACUACUUGUCACGUGUUGGCACACUCAAACCUAGACAUCCCCGCUGGCAAAAGAGUAAUGAUGCAACUGAAAUAUCUGAAGCAGAUUCACCUGAAGACUCUCUGAGGGAUAUUCAUGACAUAUCUCUUAACUUAAAGCUUUCCUUGGACAGUGAAAAAUCAGGCAGCAAAGAUGGAAAUUCGAAUACUGUGAGAAGACAUCUUGAGGAUGCAGUACAAAAGUUGUCAAGAGAUGUUAGUGACAGCAGAAUGGAGGUGUUAAGUGAGAAUGGUAGAUGGCCAUCAUUGCGUGGGAGGAAGCAAAUCAUUGUGAUUGCUGUAGACUCUGUGCAAGAUGCAGACUUUGUUCAGGUUAUUAAAAAUAUUUUUGAAGCUUCAAGCAAUGGGAGAUUAAGUGGUUCUGUUGGUUUCAUAUUGUCUACGUCUAAAGCAAUAUUAGAGAUACAUGCUUUGCUAAUAUCUGGAGGCAUAGAAACUAGUGAUUUUGAUGCCUUCAUAUGCAACAGUGGCAGUGAUCUUUGUUAUCCAUCUUCAAGCUCUGAAGACAUGCUUAGCCCUGCUGAGCUCCCAUUCAUGAUUGACCUUGAUUAUCACUCCCAAAUUGAAUAUCGCUGGGGAGGAGAAGGUUUAAGGAAGACACUAAUUCGUUGGGCAGCUGAAAAAAACAAUGAAAGUGGACAAAAUGUAAUUGUUGAGGAUGAAGAAUGUUCAUCCACUUAUUGCAUUUCGUUUAAAGUGAUGAAUACUGAGGCUGCAUCUCCUGUGAAAGAGAUUAGGCGGACAAUGAGAAUUCAAGCCCUGCGCUGUCAUGUGUUGUACAGCCAUGAUGGCAGCAAGCUGAAUGUUAUUCCUGUUUUAGCUUCUCGCUCGCAGGCUUUAAGGUAUCUGUAUAUAAGAUGGGGUUUAGAUCUGUCAAACAUGACAGUGGUUGUUGGUGAAAGUGGUGACACAGAUUAUGAAGUUUUAAUUGGAGGUGUGCACAAGACCAUCAUACUCAAAGGCUCGUUCAAUGCUGUUCCAAACCAAGUUCACACUGCUAGGAGCUAUUCAUUGCAAGAUGUUGUAUCCUUUGAGAAACCAGGAAUUGCUUCAGUUGAGGGAUAUGGUCCAGACAACCUAAAAUCAGCUCUACAGCAAUUUGGUAUAUUGAAAGACUAAAAUUUUGAUCUUGCCAGUCAGCAGAGGAAUCGAACUAAAUUAGGAUCGACGAGAUGAGUGGCAGGACUUCCCUAUGCUAUUCUACACCACCAUGCCACCAUGCCAGAAAUAAGGGGCUUGCAUUGUAUGGCCCUUACUAGACAUGAGAGGAUUGGAGACACAAACUUGUCAGUUUCUCUGUUCCAAAACUCAAAAGAUGUUAUUUUGUAACAACACCGCAAUAAGGCUGAUGUUUACAGACAUGUACAACGUGCACAACUUCAUUUCAAGCUCAUUUGAAAUCUUAAUUUUCUUAGAUCAGGAUUCUUUUUCGAACGCUUUGGGCUGAAUGUUUCUCCGGCUUGUCUGCAA